AUGGCGACGAUGAUGAUCUCCGAUCUUCCAAAGGAUCUGAUAGAGGAGAUUCUUUCUAGGGUUCCCAUAGGAUCUAGGAAAGCACUGAGAUUAACUUGCAAAAGUUGGAAUGAUUUAUCCAAGAUGAGUAAGAUGCACCUCGGAAAUAAGACUAUGAUGAUUUCGGUUAUGCCUCACAAGCUUUAUUUAACGGGCGUUGGUGUCGACGACGUUGAUCCGUCUGUAGAGGUUAAAGGUCAGCUUACUUUUCUUUACAAACAAGUUAACAUACGUGAAGUCAUGCACUUUGAGGGUUUGUUGCUAUGCAUCUUGAAAGACACAACUAGGGUUGUGGUUUGGAAUCCUUAUUUGAGGCAAACAAGGUGGAUCAAACUCAGAUACUCUGACCAUCCAUACAAUAUCAGUUAUGCUGUCGGGUACGAGGAUAAGGAGUCUGGUCGUCGUACCGUUAAACUCUUCAGGUUUUUACAUAAUUUUAACAGGUUUUCACAUCGUUUUAACAGUAUAUCGGCAAUGCAAUUUUUCGGGUAUGAAAUCUACGAUUUUGACUCUGGUUUAUGGACAAGUUUUAAUGUUGAUCCAUACUGGGGUGUGCGGUGUUGUGGUAAUGGCGUUUCUCUUAAGGGAAACACUUACUGGUGUGCUAUAGAAAUAGAUUCUAUAGAUUUCAUAAAACACAUAAUCUGUUUUGAUUUUAAAAGAGAGAGAUUUGGGCCGCUUCUACCUCUACCAUGUGGCGCUAGGUUUCCAAGUGUGACUUUAUCUUGUAUUAAAAAUGAGAAGCUUGCAGCUUUAUAUGCGAAAUACGCCUCAGAUGAUUAUGAGUUUGAUAUAUGGAUUACGACUAAGAUUGAGGUCGAAAUGGUGUCGUGGAGCAAAUUCUUGAGAAUCGAUGCGAGUCCUAAUAUAGUUUUUCCACGUACUUUUUUCGUUGAUGAGAAGAAGAAAGUUUUCAUGGGAUUUGAUCAUAGAGACUAUGCCAAUACAUAUAUUAUCAUUAACGGAGAGGCUAAAUACAUAAGAAAAUUGGAUCUCGAAAUACCGCCACCAGAAGGCCUAUACUUUAGGGAACCUUUGUGCUCUUAUGUCCCAAGUUCGGUCCAAAUCAAGAAUCUUACACGAGGCAAAAGGAUAGAAAAGUGUCGAUUUGCUAAAAACAGGUUGUGA